AGUACUGUUUUAACUUUGUUGACGAUACGAUGAUGAUGCUGGUGAAGAAAGAUGGCAGCAGCUGGAAGAGCAAUUGUGCAGUCCAAGAGGUGCUGAAAGUGGGAGUUGCUGCAGCACAGCAGUCCAGUGGUACACACAGUUCACCCUUGACUCACCUCCCGGGAACCUCAGAUACCGCUGCAACUAUCAGAGAUCUUCCCCAGAGGUAUCGAAGAAGGAUAGUUGGUCCAGAGGAGAUGGAGUACAUCCAGCGUGGUGGACCAGAGUAACAGUCAUCUUCACUGAUAACCUGCCAAACCAUUCUCUGGAUAUUUAUUCAGUACUGUAUAGCUUUUUAGGAGCAUAACUGCCAGAGAUUCCAAUAUAAAAUGCACAAAGAAACAUUUAUCUCUAGAUCCUGUUGGAUCAGAGCGCUAAAAUGUUUAUUUUUAUGUUCAAGCAGUGCUGAUAAUCUCAAAUGCUUUUUUGAAUGUAUUGUGAUAUGAGAUAGGAAGUAUGCAGAUUCAAGCAGUCUAGUUUUCUUCUAAUAGCCUAUGUAUUAUGCAAUGUAAAGCGAAAAACUGUAAACACUCCAUUGUCAUGGCUAUCAGUUAUCUACCUGAUAACAGCUACAGUGCCUUCAGAAAGUAUUCUCACCCCUUCACUUUUUCCACAUUUUGUUGUUACAGCCUGAAUUUAAAAUGUAUUAAAUGGAGAUGUUUUCACAGAUCUACACAAUACCCCAUAAUGUGAAAGUUGAAUUAUGUUUGUAGGAAUGGUUACAAAUGAAAAGCUUAAUUGUCUCGAGUCAAGAAGUAGUCAACCCUUUUGUUAUGACAAGCCUAAAGUUCAGGAGUAAAAAUGUGCUCAACAAUCCACAUAAGUUGCAUGGACUCAACUUGUGUGCAAUUAUAAUGUUUAACAUGAUUUUUAAAUGACUACCCCCAUCUCUGUACACACAUCCACACAUACAAUUAUCUGUAAGGUCCCUAAGUUGAGCAGUGAAUUUCAAGCACAGAUUCCACUUUGCGAACCAAGGUUUUCCUAUGGUCCGCAAAGAAGAGCACCUAUUUGUAGAGGGUGCAGUUAUUAAUUUUACACUUUGGAUGGCAUAUCAAUACCCCCCAGUCACUACAAAGAUAGUCGCCCUUCCUAACUCAGUUGCCGCAGAGGAAGGAAACCGCUCAGGGAUUUCACCAUUGGCCAAUGGUGAUUUUAAAACGGUUACAAAGUUUAAUGGCUAAUAUGAGAGAAUAACUGAGGAUGGACAAACAACAUUGUAGUUACUCCAAAAUACUAACAUAAAUGACAGUGUGAAAAGAAGGAAGCCUCUACCAAAUAAAAAAUAUUCCAAAACAUGCAUCAUGUUUGCAAUAAGGCACAAAAGUAACACUGCAAAAAAUGUGGCAAUUACAUUUUUUGUUGUUGUCCUGAAUACAAGUUUUAAUGUCAUGUGCACAACUACAGUGAAAUGCCAUUCCUGCAAGCUCCAAACACAACAAUGCAGUAAUCUACAAAGCAUUAUGUUUGGGACAAAUCCAACACAUUGCUGAGUACCUCUCUUCAUAUUUUCAAGAAUGGUGGUGGCUGCAUCAUGUUAUGGAUAUGCUUGUCAUCUGCAAGGGAGGUUUUUUUUAAAUAAAUAAUAAACAGAAUAUAGCUAAGCACAGACAAAAUCCUAGAGGAAAACUUGGUUCAGUCUGCUUUCCACCAGACACUGGGAGAUUAAUUCACUUUUCAGCAGGACAAUAACCUAAAACACAAGGCCAAAUCUACACUGGAGUUGCUUACCAACACAUUUCUUUUUUUGUCUUUUCUAUAUAUAGCUCUUUUAUUUUUUAUUUAAUGUAAUAUCUUAUGUUGUUCUUGUGUAUUACUGUUCUGUACUUUGUCAUGUAUUUGUAUGUUUUGUGUGGACCCCAGGAAGAGUAGCUGCUGCAUUUGCAGUAGCUAAUGGGGAUCCUAAUAAUCUAAACCAAGAAGUUAGUGAAUUUUCCUGAGUGGCCGAGUUAAUGUUUUGACAUAAAUCUACUUGAAAAUCUAUGGUUGUCUAGCAAUGAUCAACAACCAACUUGACUGAGCUUGUACAAAGUUAACUCAGGGAGUGUGAAUGUUUAUAUAAAUUCAUUUUCCAAAAAAUGUCAAACAUUUCUAAAAACAUGUUUUCACUUUGUGGGGAAUUUCGUGUAGAUGGGUAAUAAAAAAAUCAUAUUUAAUGCAUUUUGAAUUCAGGCUGUAACAUAACAAAAUGUGGAAUAAGUCAAGAGGUAUGAAUACUUUCUGAAGGCACUGGAGUUGCUUACCAGUGAAUGUUUCUGAGUGGCCUGGUUUCAGUUUUGACUUCAAUCGGCUUGAAAAUCUAUGGUAAGACUUGGAAUUGGCUUUCGAGCAAUGAUCAACAACCAACUAGACAGAGCCUGACAAUUCUUUUUAAAGAAUAAUGGGCAAAUAUUUUUCAUCACCAGUGCGCAAAGCUUUUGGAGACUUACCCAGAAAGACUCGCUGCCAAAGGUGAUUCUAACAUGUAUUGACUCAGGGGGUUGAAUACUUAUCUAAUCAAUAUACAGGUAUAUUAGUGCAAUAUUUUGGAGGGUGGAGGUACUUUUUCUUCCACUUUGACAGAGUAUUUUGUGUAGAUCGUUUGCAAAAAAUUACAUCCAUUUGAAUCCCAAUUUGUAAUACAACAAAAUGUUAAAAGUUAAGAUGUGUGAAUACUUUCUGAAGGCACUGUAUAUAUAUACUCCCUUCCAUAUGUGUUUGGACAGUGAAGCAAAAUUGUUUUAUUUGGCUCUAUACUCCAACAUUUUGGAUUUGAGAUCAAAUGUUUCAUAUGAGGCAACAAUACAGAAUGUCACCUAUUUAUUUGAGGGUAUUUUCAUACAUAUCUGUUAUACCAUUUAGAAAUGAAAACACUAUGUAUCUAGUCCCCCCAAGUGAAUAAGUUGUGUAUUUGGACAAAUUUGCUUAUAGGGUGUUAAAGUAAGCAACAGUUUAGUAUUUAGUCUCAUAUUCCUUGCACACGAUGACUUCCUUAAGCUUGUAACUCUAAAAAUGCAUUUGCAGUUUGUUUUGGUUGUUUUUUGGCCUAAUCUCGUUCCCAGACACUUCUGCCCAAAUGCGCGAAGUCUUGUGGACCAACGCUCAAACUUGGCCUUCAUUAGAAAAUACAGGGAGGCUUAAUCUACCAACCAAUCAAUCAUCUCCCACAACACCUUCCCCCUAACGCUCCCCUGUACUUGUCUUGUGCAGCUUUGUUAACAGAGCCACGGCUCGACAAAUACUUUACUCAGUAAGGUCACUCCCAUAGAAUUCUAACGUCACUCUUUGAAUCAUUGAUGUCACAGGUUUAUAUGUACUGUGAGUAAUAGCCUGGAGACGAGGUGAUGUUUUGCCCAAUAGUAACUGAAUGGUGUAUGCUGACUCGAGUAAUUUCCUUGUGUUUCUGAACACUUUUUAAUUCAUGUUGAUGCUGACAUGAUUAAAAAUCAUGAAUUAAUCAUGAAUAAUGACGAGUGAGAAAGUAACAAGAGUCUACAAGAAAACAUGCUAACCUCUCCCCAGUUUUGACUACUUUAACCCUUUACUCUCAUACCUGUAUCAGGGUUGAAAAUGGCAGAUUCGGGCAUUGAUAAGCACCUUAAUUGGAACAUAGUGGCUGUACAGUAUUUUCAGAUAUCGUUAUCAAAUGCGGCAAAAUGUAAAAUGCACUACACCGGUCAAACCCAGACGACGCUGGGCCAAUUGUGUGCCGCCUUAUGGGACUCCCAAUCACGGCCAGUGGUAGUGACGCCUCUAGCACUGAGAUGCAAUGCCUUAAACCGCUGUACCACCUAUGAGCCCAAAUGUUUGGGUUGAACUGCUGUCCUCAACUUUGGUCUAAUAAUUUUGCCAUAAUCUCCAAUUACUACCAUGCUUAUGCUUUUUAUAUUUCUUCUGUAAGAAAGUUCAAUUUAGUCCUAUCCAUGUAGGCCAAUUCCCACGAGUGUAAAGGGUUAAUACGCUAUGUGAAUUUGUCCAAAUACUUAUGACUUCUUCAAAAUGGGGAGAUACUAGAUACAUAAAGUGAUUUAAGUUCUAAAUGGUAAAACAUAUACAGUAUGUAUGAAAAUACCUUCAUAAAAGCAGACAUUCUCUAAGUCUGCAUUUCGCUACUCGCAUUAACAUCUGCUAACCAACCAUGUGUAUGUGACCAAUCAAAUUUGAUGUUGCCUAAUAUGAAAUGUUCUCUCUACUCUAAAAUGCUGGAGUAUAGAGCUAAAUGUAACAUUUUAGCUGCACUGUCCAAAUACAUACGGAGGAGUGUAUUAGUAAUUUCCAGGUGUGUCAUUUCAGUCUAGCCUUGACCGGCUUCAACUUCAGCCUAAACUUAAUU